GGGCGGGGGCUGCCGGGCGCCCCGGGCUGGCUGCGCCGGCCUUUACCCGGCGGCGGGAGCGGCCAUGGCGCUGAGGGGCGGCGGGCGCUGGGCGCGCCUGGGCCGGGCGCUGCGCGGCCGCAGCUCGGGGCCGCGGCAGGCCGGGGACACCCCGCGGCACGCCGGGGACACCCCGCAGCACCGCGACCUGCGGGACGCCCUCCGCAAGAUCAUUGACAAGGACAUUAAUCCCUUUGUGGACAAGUGGGAAGAAGAAGGACAGUUCCCAGCACAUAAAGUGUUUAAAAUCCUGGGACAGGCUGGAUUCCUUGGUGUGGAUAAGCCAACAGAAUAUGGCGGCAUGGGUUUGGACUUCUCCUAUAACAUUGCAGUGGCAGAAGAGCUGGGCAGUAUCCGUUGUGGAGGUAUUCCCAUGGCUAUUGGAGUGCAAGCUGGCAUGGCUACCCCUGCUCUCACAAGGUUUGGUUCUGAUGAGUUGAAAAGACAGUUCCUUGUACCAACUAUAGCUGGUGAUUUUGUGGCUUGCUUGGGAAUCAGUGAAGCUGGAGCUGGGUCAGAUGUCGCAAAUAUCAAGACAACGGCUGUGAGAAAGGGCGAUGAAUAUGUCAUAAAUGGUGGCAAGAUGUGGAUCACGUCCGGGAGCCAGGCAGACUGGAUGUGCCUCCUGGCAAACACCAGCGAAGGACCUCCCCACCGAAAUAAAUCUCUCAUAUGUCUGCCAAUGAACCUGCCUGGCAUUCAUGUUGCUAAAAAGAUAGACAAACUGGGUAUGAGGUCAUCGGACACAGCUCAGAUCUUUUUUGAAGAUGUAAGGGUCCCCUGCAAAAACCUCAUCGGUGAGGAAGGAAAGGGUUUUACAUACCAGAUGUUGCAAUUCCAAGAAGAGCGCCUGUGGGGAGUAGCCACUGCCCUGACACCGAUGGAAACUAUUAUACAAGAAACGAUUGACUACACGCGGCAGCGGAAGGUGUUUGGCCAGCCUGUCCUGCACAACCAAACCGUGCACUUCCGCCUGGCCGAGCUGGCAACCGACGUGGAGCUCCUGCGCUCGCUGCUGCACCGCGCCGUGGCUCUCUAUGUAGAAGGCAACGAUGUGACAAAAUUUGCUUCCAUGGCUAAGCUAAAGGCAGGUCGUCUGACCCGUGAAGUGACUGAUAGCUGUCUCCAGUUCUGGGGAGGCAUGGGAUUCACCAGUGAAGUUCUUGUGAGCAGGUUUUACAGGGACUUGAGACUGAUGUCAAUAGGAGGUGGCACAGACGAAACCAUGCUUUCCAUCAUAUGCAAAUACAUGGAUAUAUUUCCAAGAAAGUGACGCAUCUCCACUCUCUCUUGAAAAAUAAGAAAGCAAGAGCAUGGCUUGUGCUGCACACUGAAGGUGACAAGCAGCCACUACACUUCGAGCAGAAAACAGAUCAGUAAUUUUGCCAUCAAAAUGCACAUCAAGGUCUUUCACCAUUACCACUCUGUGUUUUCCAGUGUCAAAUUUUUGUUGAUUGGAAGCACCCUGAAAGCUUGCAGCCUUCCUGCAUUCCAUUUUUUCAGUGGGUUACUUAAGUUUUCCAAGGAUGCAUGCUAAGCAUACAGAAAAGUGUAUGUGUUCUUUAAGCAAGCUUCAGCUACACUUUAGAGCAUCUAAGCUGACAAUAACGAAACAGAAAUACAUGUGAAUGCAAGCUAUAUAGCUUAAUCUCAUUUCAAAGUACAGCUUUGCUUUCAAGAUGAACAAUUAUGUCACAAAUGAUUCCCUGCCCUAAUCAAGCCCCAGAACAGUGCCUUUCCUCUCAAUUACAGGCACCUACCUUUCACUUUUAGCAAGCAAUCAUCAAAAUGAGCUCUGUCAUCUUUGCCAAAUCUGUAUCAAUUAGUCCACUCUGUCCACUCCACUCUGUCAUGGAAUUUUGGUGAUGGGAGUAGUGUUAGAUUUUUAUUUGCAGAAUUCUACAAACAACAGUUAAAGUGUAUCCUGAGCUUCUGGAGGCCUGAACUUCAGCAGCAGUGUACCAUGUUUUGUGCAUAAUUAUUAAGAAAAAUAUUAAAAAUAAACACAUUAAAAUAAAAACUGUGCAUAAUUACUUCAAGUCUUCCUAAAACAGCCACUUAAGCUAGAAGAGGCAGCCAGUAUUAUUGAUUAAAAAAAAUAAGAAUUGUCCCUUAAAUACAGCACCAUUUCCAAAAAAAUACACUGGUCUUCUACAGUAGAAAAAAAUGUAUAUAAACAACACUAGCUAGGAUAAUACUACUACUUUAUUUGUGAGUUCAUAAUUGG